GCCCGCCCCGCCUCCGGCUCGCGGCUCCCGCAAGGUGGAGGCGGUGCCGCGGCCAGUGACUCGCUGCCGCCGGCCGCACGGGAGGCUCUGGGCCGUGGCGGUCUCCGGGAGUUGAGCGGAGGAUGCAGGAGCCACACGCGGAGGCCGGACGGGCGUAAGGGUGGCGGAGAGCGGCGCCGGGGCGCUAGACCACGGGAGGCUCGGGCGCGCUGGCCUGUGGUGGGCUCCAGAGGCCACCGUUGUCCGGACAGCCGGCCGCAGGCCUGCGCGGUGAAAGCGCUCUGCCCGGACCUGGCGCUCCGGCUUCCCACAGCGUGGGUGGAGCUGUGUUGGAGUCUCCUUGGAGGACCGAGGGCCCCUGCGGCACCCGGGCCGUUUCUCUGAGGGGGUUGAAAACGUGGCGCCAUGAGGAGCCGGAGUAACUCGGGCGUCCGGCUGGACGGCUACGCUAGGCUGGUUCAUCAGACCAUCCUGUGCCAUCAGAAUCCUGUGACUGGCUUGCUUCCAGCCAGCUAUGAUCAGAAAGAUGCCUGGGUCCGUGAUAAUGUGUACAGCAUCUUGGCUGUGUGGGCUUUGGGCCUGGCCUAUCGGAAGAAUGCAGACCGGGAUGAGGAUAAGGCAAAGGCCUAUGAACUGGAGCAGAGUGUAGUGAAGCUGAUGAGGGGACUGCUGCACUGCAUGAUCAGACAGGUGGAUAAAGUAGAAUCCUUCAAGUAUAGUCAGAGUACCAAGGAUAGCCUCCAUGCCAAGUAUAACACCAAAACGUGUGCCACUGUAGUGGGUGAUGACCAGUGGGGACACCUGCAGUUGGAUGCUACCUCUGUGUACCUGCUCUUCUUAGCACAAAUGACUGCCUCAGGACUUCAUAUCAUCCACAGCCUAGAUGAAGUCAAUUUCAUACAGAACCUUGUAUUUUACAUUGAAUCUGCAUAUAAAACUGCUGACUUCGGGAUAUGGGAACGUGGAGACAAGACAAACCAAGGGAUCUCAGAAUUGAAUGCCAGUUCAGUUGGAAUGGCAAAGGCAGCCCUGGAAGCAUUAGAUGAACUGGACCUAUUUGGUGUGAAAGGUGGGCCCCAAUCAGUUAUCCAUGUCCUGGCUGAUGAAGUGCAACACUGCCAGUCUAUCCUUAAUUCGAUACUCCCCCGGGCUUCAACAUCCAAAGAGGUUGAUGCUAGUCUACUUUCAGUUAUUUCCUUCCCAGCCUUUGCAGUAGAGGAUAACCAGUUGGUGGAGCUAACAAAACAGGAAAUCAUCACCAAGCUUCAGGGUCGUUAUGGUUGCUGUCGCUUUCUACGAGAUGGAUAUAAAACCCCUAAAGAGGAUCCCAAACGUCUGUACUAUGAACCAGCUGAGCUGAAGUUAUUUGAAAACAUUGAAUGUGAAUGGCCAUUGUUCUGGACGUACUUUAUCCUUGAUGGGGUCUUCAGUGGCAAUGCAGAACAGGUUCAAGAAUAUAGAGAGGCUCUCGAAGCAGUCCUCAUCAAGGGCAAAAAUGGAGUCCCACUUCUGCCAGAGCUAUACAGUGUUCCUCCUGACAAGGUUGAUGAAGAAUAUCAAAAUCCUCACACUGUGGACCGAGUCCCCAUGGGCAAGUUGCCUCAUAUGUGGGGUCAGUCUCUAUACAUCUUAGGAAGCUUGAUGGCAGAGGGAUUUUUAGCUCCUGGAGAAAUCGAUCCCCUGAAUCGUAGAUUUUCUACUGUACCAAAGCCAGAUGUUGUGGUUCAAGUUUCCAUUCUAGCCGAGACAGAAGAAAUCAAGGCCAUUUUGAAGGACAAGGGAAUUGAUGUGGAGACCAUUGCCGAGGUGUAUCCCAUCAGAGUACAACCAGCUCGUAUUCUCAGCCACAUUUAUUCCAGCCUAGGAUGCAACAGUAGAAUGAAACUCAGUGGACGACCCUACAGACACAUGGGAGUCCUUGGAACUUCAAAACUGUAUGACAUUCGGAAAACUAUCUUUACCUUCACUCCACAGUUUAUAGACCAGCAACAGUUCUACCUGGCUCUAGACAACAAGAUGAUAGUGGAAAUGCUUAGAACAGACCUCUCCUACCUCUGUAGCCGCUGGAGGAUGACAGGCCAGCCCACUAUCACCUUCCCCAUCUCACACACCAUGCUUGAUGAAGAUGGAACCAGUUUGAAUUCAAGUAUUCUGGCAGCACUCCGAAAAAUGCAAGAUGGCUAUUUUGGUGGGGCAAGGGUUCAAACAGGUAAAUUGUCACAGUUUUUGACAACAUCUUGCCGCACACAUUUAAGCUUCAUGGACUCUGGACCUGAGGGUAAGCUGUACAGUGAGGAUUACGAUGACAACUAUAACGAGCUGGAAUCUGGGGACUGGAUGGAUGGCUAUGGUUCAACCAGUAAUGCUCACUGUGGUGAUGAAGUUGCUCGUUAUUUAGAUCACCUUUUGGCGCACACUGCUCCCCAUCCUAAACUAGCCCCUACCUCACAGAAGGGAGGGCUAAAUCGGUUCCGAGCUGCUGUGCAAACAACCUUCGACUUAAUGUCCUUGGUGACCAAGGCCAAGGAGCUGCAUGUACAGAAUGUUCACAUGUAUCUUCCUACAAAGAUAUUUCAGGCUUCCCGGCCUUCAUUCAACUUACUUGACUCACCUCAUCCCCCACGAGAGGACCAGGUUCCCUCUGUUCGUGUAGAAAUUCAUCUUCCUAGAGAACAGUCUGGGGAGGUGGAUUUCAAAGCAUUGGUUUUACAGUUGAAGGAGACCUCCAGCUUACAGGAGCAAGCUGAUAUCCUCUACAUGCUGUAUACUAUGAAAGGACCUGACUGGGACACUGGAUUGUAUCAUGAAGGGAGUGCAACAGUCAGAGAGCUGCUUACUGAACUAUAUGGCAAAGUUGGAGAAAUUCGUCACUGGGGCCUGAUCCGAUACAUCUCUGGAAUCUUAAGGAAGAAGGUGGAAGCACUCGAUGAGGCCUGCACAGACCUUCUCUCCCACCAGAAACAUUUGACAGUGGGGCUCCCUCCAGAACCUCGAGAGAAGACCAUCUCUGCACCUCUGCCCUAUGAAGUACUAACUCAGCUGAUAGAUGAAGCCAGUGAGGGGGACAUGAGCAUUUCAAUCCUUACACAGGAAAUAAUGGUAUAUCUAGCCAUGUAUAUGCGAACUCAGCCUGGCCUCUUUGCUGAAAUGUUUCGACUUCGAAUUGGUCUCAUCAUACAAGUUAUGGCGACAGAACUGGCCCAUGCCCUUCGAUGCUCAGCUGAGGAAGCCACGGAUGGUCUGAUGAAUCUCAGUCCUUCAGCCAUGAAGAACCUCCUGCAUCACAUUCUCAGUGGCAAGGAGUUUGGAGUGGAACGAAGCGUUCGUCCCACUGAUUCAAAUGUCAGCCCUGCUAUUUCUAUCCACGAGAUUGGUGCUGUGGGAGCAACCAAAACGGAACGAACUGGGAUCAUGCAGUUAAAAAGUGAGAUAAAGCAGGUGGAAUUUCGUAGACUGUCUAUCUCAACUGAGAGUCAGUCACCUGGAACCUCUUUGACUCCAAGGAGUGGGUCUUUUCCUAGUACAUAUGGUCAACAGGCAUCUAAAGAUAGUCGUCAAGGUCAAUGGCAACGCCGAAGAAGGCUGGAUGGAGCACUGAACAGAGUCCCAAUUGGAUUUUAUCAAAAAGUAUGGAAAGUUUUGCAGAAGUGUCAUGGACUUUCUGUGGAAGGUUUUGUUCUUCCUUCUUCAACCACUAGAGAGAUGACUCCAGGCGAGAUUAAAUUCUCUGUUCAUGUGGAGUCUGUCCUGAAUCGUGUACCUCAGCCAGAGUACCGCCAGCUUCUGGUUGAAGCCAUCCUUGUACUCACCAUGAUGGCAGAUAUUGAAAUUCAUAGUAUUGGAAGCAUCAUUGCUGUGGAAAAAAUAGUGCAUAUUGCCAAUGACUUGUUCCUUCAAGAACAGAAAACCCUCGGUGCAGAUGAUAUCAUGUUGGCAAAGGAUCCUGCGUCUGGCAUCUGUACUCUCCUGUAUGACAGUGCACCCAGUGGCAGGUUUGGCACCAUGACCUACCUCUCCAAGGCAGCUGCCACCUACGUGCAGGAGUUCCUGCCCCACAGCAUCUGUGCCAUGCAAUGAGGCCUUUGGGCCCUCGCUGCUGGGAGCAUUUUGACACCUGGUUCCUGCCUUGAUUGAUCCUGCAUGGAACUGAAAUGUGAUGACCUGAUCACUCCCACCCUGCCCCUUUCUAUCCCAUCCCUCCCAAGAAGAGCGAACUUUUCUGAUAAACUAACUGCUUUAGAAGAAGUGAACCCUUGCCUGGAGGCAUAUGCUCACCCAGGGACUUCAUUGUGGGCCUUAAUUCUCUCAUGGUUCAUAAAAGUUUGCAUGUGUUUUUAUUCUCUAGAUCUGUUACCAACUUAGUUUUCUAACUCCUGUUUGGGGAGCAGGUAUUAAUAAUAACUUAUUCCUAAAGUUUGGUUUU